CUAAAAGCAUCCUCAACUCUAUAUGUACUUUGGCUUUCAAAUCAGGAUGUACAGGAAAUUAUCUCAGGUCAGCAAAAUGAUGGAGCUUAUGCCCUACACCAUGCAUCUCCUGGUCAGCCACUGCUGUCUGUGCCCUCCACCCAGCCUCUGCUGCCUGUGCCUUCCACCCAGCCUCUGCUGUCUGUGCCCUCAACCCAGCCUUCGCUGUCUGUUUCCUCCACCCAACCACCACUCACUCUGUUCUCCACCCAGCCACCACUGUCUGUGCCCUCCACUCAACCACCACUCAACCUGUUCUCAUACACAACAGACAUCCAAAUGCUUGAUGAUGGACCACUCACUCCUCCAUCUGCCCAGGAUGUAGUCAUUAUUGUUGAUGAACAAGAGGAGCCAAUUUCACAAAAUCUGUCACCUGUAUCACAACAUCAGCUGGGAGGACCUAUGGAUGAGAAUAAUGUCUUGCUGUGUAGCCUGCGAGCAUUCAAACGUAGGAACUUCAACACUGAAGCAAAAUUGGACGUUGCAUUUGUGGAUGAAGAUGGCAAUGGUGAAGGGGCAGUUGACAAAGGUGGCCCAACAAGAGAGUACCUAAGGGUGCUGAUGAGGGCCAUCCACCAGUCAAACAUCUUUGAGGGCCACGAGAAAGAUCGGCAGUUAUCUCUUGAUACUCAAGCUUUACAGACUAAUCUAUACACAUGGGUGGCAAAAAUGAUAGCUGUGUGCGUCGUUCAUGGAGGAGUUGGACCACAUUUCUUCUCUGAAAGGCUUUUCCAGCAGAUCUGUGGGAUACCAACAUCCCCCACAAUUGUAGAUGAAGUUUGUGACCAUACCUUCAGACAACAGUUAAUCAAAAUACAGGAAGCGACAACGGUCCAAGAGGCAAACAGUGCCAUUGCAGAAGCAGCAGACAGUCUCAGCAUUAUAGGUGCCUUGAGACAUGUCUCCAACCUGAAGGAGAAGGACUCCCUUGUCCAGUCUGCUGCAGACGUUUUUGUCAAUGGAAGGAUGCAGACUGCCCUGGACCAGUUUGUCGAGGGGUUUAGAACCCUAGGAUUACUGGAGGAGCUUAGAGAGAAUCCAGCAGUGUUCCACAGCAUGUUCGUCAGUGAGGAGAGGCCACUGCAGGCGAAGGACCUCUUCUCUCUAUUUGGAGUUGACUACUCUGUGCAGGGCAGCAACAAAAGAGCCAAAGAAAACAGCACAAUAUGCUACUGGCGUGACUGGCUCAUUGAUGUCAAAGAAGGAGAAUGCAGUCCAAUCACACUUGAGAAGGUACUGGAGUUUAGCUCUGGAGCCUCAAUGGUGCCUCCACUCGGAUUUCCACACCGUCCACAAAUUCACUUCAUCCACGAGGCCAACAGAGUGUUUCCAGAGGCCAACACCUGCCUCCUAAUCCUCCGCUUGCCCAUACAUAGUGAUUAUGAGGACUUCAGGAAAUACAUGAAGGAGGGCAUUCUGCAGGCCCCUACUUUUGGUGUUGUGUGAACAGUCUCUGAAAGCAACAGUUCACCUACAACAUGUGUCUAUGCAUUUAUGUUUUUCUUGCUACUGUUCCACUGUCACAUGUGACACAAAGAACUUCAUCAAAUACUGUUCCACCAAAAAAACUGUUGCUGUGCAGAGUUUUGCGAUGUUUGUCAAAGUUUUAAAUAUGAUUUCAAACAGGCAUUUUAUAAUGUUUACAAAAUUGACCAUGUUUACAUUAGGUACAACUUGUUGAGAGUUAAAAUUAAGUGUAGAACUGAACCGAAAUUAAUGGAUUGUUUAAACCUAGACCUGGGGUGUCAAACUCAUUUUCACUGAAGGCCACAUCAGCAUUAUGGUUGUCUUCAAAGGGCCAGUUGUAACUGUAAAGGCCCGAACAUACUCAGGCGGAACAUACGCGGAACGGACUCCGCGGAGGUCCACGCUAACUCAAAGC